ACUUGCCUGGUUAAAUAAAAAUACAACAUCUUCUGUCUGACUGUCUGUUUGACACAAACACACAAUUUCUCUGUCUCACUCUCUUUUCCCCUCCCAACUCAAAGAAAAGCCCAGUUCUACAGUGAAAGACAGGGGCUGGAGGUCACUCUACCCAUGAACCGCUUCAUGGAUCAAAGCAACCUGCAAUGAAUGACAUAGCAAGUUAGGGUGGAAUACCCAAUAUUAUACAAACUGCACUACCACAUUUUUUCUGCAUUUCCAACAAAGGACUUUGCACCUGUGCUUGGCCUAAAUAUGCAGGAUUUUGUUACCAAUGCAUGCAACAGGCUUGAGUUGAGAGGAGUAGGUAGGAAUGUGCACAGGUGAGUGCAGAGCUUCCAUCUUCUGUUAUGAAGCAGAAAAGAUGGGUAUUGUCAUUACUGCCACUAUGGAUUAGAGUUCCAUGGUUUUCAUUAUAAAGUCUUGACUCUGUUCAUGGAAUAUAUUUGGUCUGUUACAUGGAAUAUUGUUUGCAUUUCAAGAAAUACAAUUAUUCAACCUGUGUUACACUCGUGUAUUUGUGGUUUGUUCUCAUUGUGCUACAUUUACCAACACCCUCUUUGCUAUAGCUUACCAUUAUUGUUUGUUAUUAUUCAAUAUUGUUUUAUUAUAAGGAAGUUGUGGCCGUGGGCUGUGUUGAUCAAUUAUUAUGAGGGAGUAAGUACAUGGUCCGACAGAGUCGCAGUAGCGAACUCGUGAUCAUGUGACGCAUACGUUACUUUCCCGGCACAAUCCCAGACGCAACGGCUCCAUAUCAUCGCUUUACACAGUCCUACUACCCCCACGCCUUGCUUUCGGUAUGGCGGACGGAGAGAGGUCCCCGCUACUGGCAGAUCUCGGAGAUGGUGGUCUUGGGGGUGGUAACGGCGGAGUGUCACCUGGCUCGGCUCCUUAUGGUUUACCAAAUAAGCCACAAAGCUUUCCUCCCUUCCCCAGCCCCACCCAGCCCUCAGUGCUUAGGGAGGACCCUCCUCCGUACUCCCCUCUCACCUCCCCAGAGAGUGGCAGUGUGCCAGGCAUCAGCUGUAGAGUGUGUCAGAGCCUCAUCAGCGUGGAGGGGAAGAUCCACCAGCAUGUGGUCAAGUGUGGGGUCUGCAACGAGGCUACGCCCAUCAAGAAUGCGCCUGCAGGGAAGAAGUAUGUCCGCUGCCCCUGUAACUGUCUGCUCAUCUGCAAAGUCACCUCCCAGAGGAUCGCCUGUCCCCGGCCCUACUGUAAGAGGAUAAUAAACCUGGGUCCGGUCCACCCUGGUCCAGCCAGCCCUGACCCCCAGCCGGCCGGAGCUCGGGUCUCCUGUGGACACUGCAGCAAUACUUUCUUGUGGACAGAGUUUACUGACAGGACACUCGCCAGGUGCCCACACUGCAAGAAAGUCUCCUCUAUUGGUCAGAGGUACCCUCGAAGGCGGAGCUUGUGGUGUUUUCUACUAUGCUUGCUUUUCAGCAUCUCCACUGCUGGGCUGGUGGCUGGUACGUGGGUGAAGGCCCAGGAAUAUGGGGGUAUCUAUGCCUCCUGGGCCGUGCUGAUCCUGCUGGUACUCCUUACCCUGGGCCGGGCUCUGUACUGGGCCUGCAUGCGUGUUAGUGAGCCCCUACAGAACUUCACAUAGACACACACACACACACGUGUAGGUUGAAGUUGCCCCUAGAUGCUGAUCUUGGGUCAGUUUCGCAUUUCCCCCUUUAAAUGGCUAUGGUUAAGAUUGUGGGAUGGGAAGCUGAUCUCCUAGAUGUGUACCUAGGGGAAACUUCACCCCAAAGCCACACAAACAGGGGAGAGGAGACCCGCAGGAGCAAGGGGGGGGAGCUUUUAAAAUAAUAUUUAUUUAAACUGGAAAUUAAAAAACGAAGUUUUCCUCCUCCUUCCCUUUAGUCUGUUCAAUGUGUUUCCAAACUGGAUGAAGAACAUUUACUUACUCCCGAAGGAGCAGUAGGGUGACUGCUGCAUUACUAGUUCAAUUAGUUUUAACAUGUUCAACUACUGUCCCUUCCCUGUUUUUAAUCACUCAGGCCCUGGCAUGGCUCAGUGGAAGAAAGUCUUCAAUUAUGACAUGACCCUCGGAAAAGACUGCUACUUCGCAACACUGAUUUCAUGUUCUGUUUUUGGGCAUUUUACAUGAUUUAUUUGUUUUGGUAAACCCUUGAAGCAUUUUAGAAAGGCAAAUUAAGCUAAAAUGAGGCCAGUGCAAAGUGAACGCCACCCAAGUUACCCUCCCCUCCCUUGCCCGUCAUGGUGCAUAAUCUGGGACUGUCUCUUUGAUCCAAAGUAGCUUGGAAGCCUUAAAAGCAGUUUAUUUUUUAUUUAACCUUUAAUUUAACUAGGCAAGUCAGUUAAGAACAAAUUAUUAUUUACAAUUGACGGCCUACCCCGGCCAAACUCGGAUGACGCUGUGCCAAUUGUACGCCACCCUAUGGGACUACCAAUCGCGGCUGGAUGUGAUACAGCCUGGAUUCGAACCAAGGACUGUAGUGGCGCCUCUUGCACUGAGAUGCAGUGCCUUAGACGCUGCGCCACUUAGGAGCCCAGUUAGAGAGAGAGCUUGAGAUGAGGCUGUUCAAUCUUACUGGACACACACAGCCCUUCUCUCUCUUACACACACACACACACACACAGAGCUAAUAGCUUAGAUGUAAGCUGUCAGUGUAACCCAUAGAUGUACACUGUACUAUAGAGCCUCAAAAUGAUGAAAGCCCUCAGUGGUGCUGCCCAUGUUAAACAGGCUUUUGGCCAAGUGUGCCCACUACCCAGCUAUGGUCAAACUACAGUACAUCUUUGCCUGGCUACCCGUCUAAUGUUUCUUCUCCACAAUGAGUCGGGAUUUGCUUUCCUCCCUGACCCUUUGAAAACGUGUCAACAUUUUGACUGUUCUGAUUGGUCCCAGAAACCGAUGAGUUGGGCCUGAUAUGAAUCAUGUCAUUUUGACAUCCGCACAAAUGACUAGGAUGGCAGGUUCAGACUGACAUGUGGAGCGAUCCAUAGAGCAGCGGAAUUAAAUUGGGGUUGAGUCGUCAAGCAAAAUCUACCCUCCAUGAUCAAAAUGAGUCCUUGAUGACAGAAGCAGGCUGUGGUUGUUGUAGACCCUGUGCCUCGGCGAGGCUGUCCUUCAGGUUGGGAUUACGUCCCAAAUGGCACCCUAUUCCCUAUAUAGAGCACUCCUUUUGUCCAGAGCCCGUAUAUGUCUCUGGGCAAAAGUAGUGCACUAAAUGGGGAGUAGGGUACCAUUUGUGAUGCUGUCAGGGUGAGGAAACAAGUCAGUGAAGAGAAUACACUACCUGCAUAUUCAAACAGUCAAACUAACCCUAUAACACUAACUUGUCUGUGGUUCUGAUUAUGGUAGUUUAUAUUUUUUUUAUUACAGAUGUUAGUUUGUUUUAAUUAAUUGUACAUAUGUUGUUCAUGUGAGUAAUUAUUACUAAGCAGAUAUUCUGUUGAACUCGUGCAUAACACUACAUGACUGAUUCUUGGAGAACUGUUUUGUUGAUUUAAUAGGGUUAUUUUUGCAACCCUUUUUAAUGGAAUCUGGAAAGUUGUUACUGAUUUGAUGACCUACUAACCCAUUAAACCUCUGGACUAUGUGUCAAUCUUAAAUCGCACACACACACUUAAUUUACAUAGACAAACAGUUAACCACAAUGUCCACAUUAAUUGCAUAAUUUUACACAUACAGCUCUUUGAGAUGGUUACCCUGCUUGACAGAACUGUUACAGUAGCAGUGAGUUAUUUUAAAAUGUUAUUUAUUAUGAUCAUGUUUUAAUCAUGAUAUUUAUGUACAAUAUUGAUCAUGUUAAUGAUACCAAUGAUCAAGAACCUGGCUGAUGCGCUCUUCAGUUUGUUUACACACAAUAAAGACGUAUGAAAAUAUCA